GUCUGAGUUCAGUGAUGUUUUGAUUGAUCAGGUUUUGACAAAAAGAAAAUGGACAUUAGCUUUCAAUUUGUGUCGUAAAGAAUCGACUCACCAACUAUUAUUGGAAUAUUUAUCAAGUGAUGAUUUACAGUAUGAAACAGCUUAUUUUAUUGAAUGUCUAAAUGAUUACAAUGAUUUAUUUUUAAUUGAGAAUAUGAAUGUCGAAAAAGCGAACGAAGUAUGGGAUAAUGCUAUCAAGUCAUUAGAUGAAACUCAAUUUUCAACAAGACAGCAAAUAUUAGAAUUUGUGAUAUGCGUUAUAUAUAAAGAGCUCAAUGAAAUAAAUGAAAUUUAUCGUCCGG